AUGCCUUCCGACCACCGAGCGACCGACCGGCCCUCCUAUUAUACAAUGACGACACCAGCGCCGGUGUCCGCAGUGAGCCCCCAGGGGCUCUCCCAUUCCCGGUCCAAUUCACAGUCGUACAUCAACAACAGCAAGCCUACAGUUUCCCCCAUGCCUUCCCCGCGGCCUCCGCCUGGCCAGCCGCACCCACCCAAGCUUUCUCCCGGAGCCGCCCGAGGCGCCGUCCAAGAUGCCCGAAGCUCGAGUCCAAACUACUUCGGACUGGCUGCCGACCCCGCCGCCGACCCGCGUGAUUCGUGUUUGGUGCCCCGCGAGAACUGGAGUUCGCCGUCAUCUUCGGUUAAGUCGUUCUCCGCAGCGAUCCCCAAGCAGCUUCCCUUGGAUGCGAACCCCGAGUUUGAGGCCUUCCGAAGGCAAAUCGAUGCAAACCGCGCCAGGACCGGCUUCAGUUUAUCGACUUCCCACUUCAAUAUUUCAACGGGAGGCGCACACACCCCGCCGGCCUCGACGCCGUCUGCCCUGCAGCGGCCACGGCCUCCAAGAUGGCACACCCAAGGGGGCGAUAGCUCGGAUAUCCCGUUUCCGCGGCCUCGUAUCGCCACCGGGUCCUUUAGCUCUGGAGACGUCCCUGGCACCAAGUUUGACAAGGACGCCCAUAGCCUCCAAGAAGACUCUGCGUAUGUAUCUGCAGACUCCAAGCGCAGCUCCGCUGUUUCGCUGAACCCGCCUUUCUUUCCGAACAUGGGCAGGCACGAGAUUUCCCCCCCUAAACUACCAUCGCCGUUCUCAAACCCUGACCGAGCAGGCACCAGCCACCCCACAUCCCAUACGAAUGACCAGCCGUCGCUGCAGCCUAUACCCCGCGGUAAGGCGGUCUCGUUGUCCCCCGGCUCGUCCAGUCAAAACGGCGUCGUCGCGGCGCCCCAGACGCAGGGAACUAGUGGCCCUGCUUUAAUAUCUCCCACGGAACUCAAGGACAUGUUGGAGGACCAGGACGCGAAACUCUUGCUGCUAGAUCUUAGAGUCUCGCCUCAGUUUGCGCAAUCUAGGGUGCGCGGGGCGUUGAACCUGUGCAUCCCGACGACGUUGCUGAAACGGGCAACCUUCAACCUGCAAAAGCUCCAGCAAACUUUUCAGGCGGACCAGGACCAGGAAAAAUUCUCCAGCUGGCGUGAUGCAAGCCAUCUUGUUGUCUAUGACGCCUCUUCAUCCGACAAGCGGGACGCCGUUUCCGCCAUAAAUAUGAUCAAAAAGUUCACUAACGAGGGCUACUCGGGCCCCGUAGGCAUCCUGCGCGGGGGCUUCAACGCAUUCGCAGCAUCAUACCCGGCCCUGAUCGAUCGUUCCUCGGGUGGGCCAUCGCCAGGCUUGUCACUCGGAUCUGGCCCAGUGUCUGGCGGCCUACGUGCUAAUCUACCACCAGUCAUUGGCGGUGUGGUGUUGCCCAAUGCGAGCCACAACCCGAGCCCAUUCUUCAACAACAUCCGCCAGAACCAGGAUUUGGUCGAUGGCGUCGGUCAAAUAGACAUUGGUGUCCCAGCAGGCCUCACUCUUUCCAACCUGCCGCGGUGGCUUCGAGACGCGGCCGAGUCUGGGGACCAUGGGAAAAAAGUCUCGGAUAAAUUUCUGCGCAUCGAACGCACAGAACAAUCACGCAUGCGCGAGGCAUACUCGGUGGUCGGACCUGCAGAUAUCCAAAACGGCACUCAUAAUGACAGGACUAAAGUACAGCUAUCGGGCAUCGAAAAGGGGGGGAAGAACAGAUACAAGGAUAUCUUGCCUUUUGAGCACGCAAGAGUGAGGCUUACAGGCCGCCCCGAAGGGACUUGUGACUAUGUAAACGCGAGUUACCUCCAAGCGAAGCGGAGCCACAAGCGGUAUAUUGCGAGCCAGGGUCCACUGCCGGCGACCUUCGAGGACUUUUGGUCUGUAGUCUGGGACAACGACGUGCGCGUCAUUGUCAUGUUGACCGCCGAGUCGGAGGGGGGCCAGUUGAAAUGCCACCCGUACUGGAAAGGCAAUGACUUUGGUCCUGUAAAGUUGCGAGUUCUAUCCGAGAAGAAGAUCUCGCUGGACAUCGACAAGCGGAAACCACCGCCAACCGCGGCCAUGGUAACGACAGACGGCAGCGCAAGCACUUCGUCCCCCGACGCACUUCCACCUGACGCCACCCGACGGCGUGCGAAUACCACAACGACGCUCGGCACCGAGUCUCAAACCGCCAACCACUUCAUGUUUCCCCCACAGGCGGCGGCAGCGACGGAAACCCCCCAUGUCAUUGUCCGCACGUUCGCUCUCAGCCACGCCGCGCAUCCCUUCUCUCCAAUUCGCGAGGUUACACAACUCCACUACCCAUCGUGGCCCGAUUUCGGUGCCCCGGCCCAGCCCAGCCAUCUCCUCGCACUCGUCGAGCUAGCAAAUAUCAUGCAGCGCGGUGUGCCUCCCCGUGACGCACCGGGGAAUUUGACAUCGGCGCCCGUGCCGCGGCAGAACAACGGCCUCGUAAGCGAUUCAGCGAGCAAUCCGUUCUUCGCGGACCAUGACUCUGGUCGAGAUAGUUCUGCCGGUCUUAGGAGGAUAGACAGUGAUAACAUGUCGCUGGCUUGGUCCGAGGGUCCCGAAUCCCAAGAGCACCCUCGACCCUUGUUGGUACACUGCUCCGCCGGUUGCGGCCGAACAGGCGCGUUCUGUACCGUCGACAGCGUCAUUGACAUGCUUAAGCGUCAGAAGCAGCAUCUGAUGGGCCCCACUACGACUGCGAUCCGUGGCCGGGACCGGCCGGCCCCCGCAUUUCCCGACUCGGACGGGGAUAUCAGCAUGAACGAAGGAACUGCCGGGCCCGAUCCUUCAGCGAUAAAUCAACCCGACGCUCCGCUCGGCAUUGACACGAGUUGGCUCGACGACGACACCGUGGACCUGAUUGCGCAGGCUGUGGAGGACUUCCGUGGCCAGAGGCUGAGCAUGGUGCAGAGCCUGCGACAGUUUGUGUUGUGCUACGAGACGGUGUUAGAGUGGGCGCGGCGGCUCCAAGAAGACAGAGACGGGGGGGUCGACGGAAAAGGGAGAGGUCGAAGCGGGAGCCUGGCAUUUUAG